AUGUCAUCGACGGACACACCGGGCGAUCAACUCCUGGAGUUUGAAAGAGAGAUGUUUCUGAACGUCUUGAACGACAACUCGUUGACCAUUGCCUCGAAAGGGGUGGCGAUCGACCGACUCCUACACCACUUGACGGCCACCUAUUCAGAGAAGACACAACUGGUUCUCGUCAUCGGAACCAACGCUGAACUCGAGGACUAUAUCAUCACUCAGUUGUCGGCCGACACGUCGACUAAGACACAACUGGUUCUCGUCAUCGGAACCAACGCUGAACUCGAGGACUAUAUCAUCACUCAGUUGUCGGCCGACACGUCGACUGUCGGCCAAAGACCGCGACGACUGACGGCUGAGACCUGCUCUGCGGCCGAUCGGCGCGAUGUCUACAUGAAUGGCGGCGUUAUCUUCAUUACGGCCCGCAUUCUUGUGGUCGAUAUGUUGACCUCCAGAGUGCCCUUCGAGUUGGUGUCGGGUCUGAUCGUAUACAACGCCCACACCAUCGCCACCGACUGUUUGCAGGCAUUCAUUGUCCGACUCUAUCGGAUGCACAACAAGACUGGUUUCGUGAGCGCACUCUCGCAGACCAGUCACGCCUUCAUCGGACAGUUCGCCAAAUUGGACCGAAUUAUGCGAUACCUGUUCGCCACCAAACUCUAUCUGUGGCCACGAUUUCACGUCUCCAUCACCGAGUCGUUGAGCUCCAGAAGCGCGCCGACUGUCUUGGAGAUCCGGCUGUCGAUGACACCACUCAUGAAAAGCAUUCAGUUCUCGCUAAUGGACUUAAUCUCGUUGUGUAUCAAAGAGUUGACAAAUUCUAACAAUAGUUUUCUAUACGAUUGCGAUGAACUCAACGCCAUGAAUGUCAUAUCACUUAACUUUGAUUCGAUGGUCAAACGACAGUUUGAUCCCAUUUGGUAUCAGUUGAGUGCGAAGUGUAGGCGCACCGUCUCGGACAUCAAACGCCUGAAGCAAUUGCUGUUCAGUUUGACUCAAUCCGAUUCCGUCACCUUUUACCACGAAAUCAAAGCCAUUCGCCAAAGUGUUGUCCUCAACGCCGAGACCUCUGAUUGGCUCUUCUGGGAGCCAUCGGAGACACUGUUCACUGCAUCUAAAGAACGACUCUUCGCCACGAAGAAAGGCAAACAAGUGAUCGAUAUUGAGAUAAAUCCCAAAUGGAAUGCCUUUCACGAAGUGAUACAAGAGAUCGAUACGGAAACCAAAGACAUGUGCGAAACGAUUGACAUAAUAGUGAUCGUAGAGAACAUGAAUACAGCCGUCAGUCUCGAGAAGUUUCGCGACAAAGGAGUGGACAUUGUUUUGCGAGAAUUGCACGCAAAGUGUGAACUGCUAUUGAGUGGUAAGAGUGAGACUAAAAUCAAAGACAAAUCAAAGAAAACGAGUGAAGAAACGGAUGAAAACUUACAGACUUUGACACAAUUGUUGAGGACUUACUCGAAGUGUGAGGAGAGCUUUGAACACAGAGAACACAAACUGGAACUCCAUUACCAUAAUUGGCACCAAAAGGGCAUUCAUUUGCAGAAUAUGCUGACAGUGUUGCGGCCAAAGUAUGUCAUUCUAUACGAUCCCGAUAUGCAAAGUAUCCGACAAAUAGAGUCCUAUCAGGCGUUAUACUUAUCGUCUGAAUCGGUGAGAGUCUACUUCUUUAUGUACGACGGAUCAGCUGAAGAGCAGAGGUAUCUCAAGACCUUACACAUCGAGAAGGAGGCGUUCGAGACACUCAUCAAAACCAAAGCAUCACUGGUUAUACCAUCCGAUAGGGACGGAAAGAGUGACACUCAUCCGGAUUUGAUUCGUGGCAGUGAUGACAGCUUUAUAUUGGAAUCCAAUCCACGUGUUGGCGGCGGACAGACAUCCUCUUCGCAAGUGAUGCCAACGAAACGCAUUAUUAUAGAUAUGCGAGAGUUUAGAUCAGAUUUGCCGACACUUAUACACAAAAGGGGUAUAGAUAUCGAGCCCAUGACCAUUGAAAUCGGGGAUUACAUACUAACCCCCGACACAUGUGUUGAACGCAAAUCUGUGAGUGAUUUGAUCGGUUCCUUCAAUUCUGGCCGACUCUACACCCAAACAGAAGUGAUGGUCCGUUACUAUAAGCGGCCGCUUCUGCUCAUUGAGUUUGACGACCAGAAGUCGUUUAACUUCAAAGGCAAGUAUUGGGGGCACAACGCACCCAUCAGUGGCUCCCAUACGGGUCGACCCAACGUAAUGUCACAGUUAGUGGUCCUCACCAUUCAUUUCCCAUUACUUCGACUCCUGUGGUCUCCGUCCCCGCACUUCAGCGCCGAAAUGUUUGAGCACUUGAAACAGGAUCGGGAGGAACCGGACGCUAAGCAAGUGUUGGCCAAAUCCAACCAACAGUUGCCCGCCGAGUACGUGACCGACAAGUAUGACAUUGAGACCAAGGAGUUCCUGUUAUGCCUUCCAGGGGUUAGCAUUACUAAUGUCUAUUCAAUCAUGAAUUCAGUCAAAUGUAUCGCACAUUUGGUUGAAUUGAGUGUCGAGGAGUUGACUGAAAUUAUGGGCAAUUCGUUGGCUGCGGAACAGCUGUAUAGGAGUCUUCACCACAAAGUUGUCGACCGAACCAAUGAUGACAUGAACCGAUUGAAAGAUGAGAAGAAGUGGAAACGAUUUGCCUCUAAAAGAGCCAAAACAUAA